CGCGUUUAUCCUUUCUCAAGCGCUUAUUUUGGUCUAAUAUGGCAGACAUUAAUACCCCCAAGUCUUUGAAAGAGUUGCUGGCCGAGCAGUUGCCGAAGGACGUUCCAUUGACCUUCUAUCACUACUCGACGCCGCCCUCCAAGUCCUCCGCCCUCUUCUCCGCACCGCCGCAUGCAAAGUCGGAAAGAACCUAUUGUGAAUCGCAUACCCUGGCUGCCUCGAUAAUACCAAAUGACACUGCUCCAUCGGGAUUACCUGAAGAGUUGCUCAUACUCGCCAUUGAGGUUCUGGUUUACACUACGAGGAACCUUACUACCAUCUUCGUCUCGAAAGCGGACUCGACAGGGUACCUUUCAGAGUUACAACUACCACGCUCGCAGUCUGGAUCGCCUUUGAAAGAUAUUUGCGGUACAUUUGUAGCUUGGCUGGCAAGGGAGCGACAAAGAGAGGGGAAGAAGCUGGUAGUCUCACUAUUCGCUCGGGCACAAGAUCAGUACCUCUUUCCAGCGAGCAUUGAGAACAAGAAGAAGCAUGUGCUGGAUGACAGGGGACUGGUUAAGUGGUGGUGUAAAGUGUUAGACCCGAUAAUAUGGCAAUACAAGGCCGAGGAUGAACGGAGACCGUUCGCUGAGCGGCUGGUGGAAGGGGGAAGUAUCGGAACAAAUUGCACCCUUUCGCAGUCAGAAACCACGGCCAAGGGCUACCUUGUAAUACCGGGCUUCGAGCCAAAUGACACGCUCCGCUACAUUCCUCCAGCGCCAAAGCCGAACGUACCUCGACGCUGGGCUACCACACAUCCACUUCUACAGAUCGCGCCGCAUCCAGCUGCUCCCCCGCGCUGUCUCGUCCCGCAUUUCCCGGAUGACCCCAAGGCACGGUUUCUUGAUGAGCUAGAUGAAGAGUUACACGAUCGAGGUACUGACGCCAUGGUUGUCGAUGGAGGUACGCCAUCGCGGAGUAACGGACAAUGGAAGAGCGUUAAGACGUUGGAUCAGUUCUGGGAGUUCAUGGCUUUCCGACAGGAAUGUUCAUCUGGAAGGAUCGUGGGGUUUAUUUGGGUGGUAAUCACCCCACCGAAGCCAUCAAUACCUGAGGAGGACGAAGACGCGCCAUCACAGCAGUCACUUUCACAACCACUCUCACAGAAGAGCUCUCAAGAGGCCAUACCUAGUCCAAGAAGACGCAAGAUAAGCAAACGGAAACGAGAAGCCAAGAUCAAGUACGGCCCCAUUCCACUAGUCCUACCCAGGAUCAAGACAAGCUCAUCGAACUUAUCAACUACAUCAAACGCCUCGAACAAGUCCGACGCCAAACUACAACCCGAGACGAGUCCAUACUUUGUGUGGCCGGCGUCUUCACGGGGUACAAUUUGCUUUUCAACGAAGAAUUACGAUCGAGCACAUGAAGUACUACUUCAACAAACUUUCGCAAAUCGAAGAGCUGCAGCACAAAGUACAAAGAAAUGGAAAGAGGAGAUGGCUGUCUUGGGCGGAAUGGACAAUUGGGGCUGGACAGUGAAAGGGAAAAGAGAGAUCGCAGCCAUAAGUUCUACGUCAACGAACGGAUUGGUCCCAAAUAUAGUGAUGGGGGUGAGGAAAAAAAGAAAGCCAGAGACUACAGCGGAAGCGACAAGCUCAUUAGAAAAGCCUACUGAAGGUGGUGUGCAAGUCCUCUCAGAGUGCUUGGUCAGGAAGAAAGCCAGGAUCGAGCCCACGCCCAUUGCAGAAGCGAGCGUUACCCACGGCGUGAACACACUGUCAGCUGGUUUGGUGCGGAAGAAGUCCAAAUCUUGAGUGAUUGUUGGACUGAAGGCGUUUGUGCUAUUCUUGUCUGGUGUUUAGAGUUGCUUCCCAGUCUUGCAUAUUUGCGUAGGGCGUUCGAUUGACCUAGGUCUGGAUUGCGUGAGGAUGCGUUUUCACGUUGCAUACUCUCUAUUAUUGAAGAGAUUUGAUAUUCAAUCCUUCGCAUUCAUUGGCUCUAGUCAGUGACAAUACCCUUGCAGUGACGUCGGAAAGCUCGGGAGCAGCUGUGACUAUAGCGCAAAUAAAUAUUGAACACGCCAAACAAUUAGAUCUUGCG